GUGGUCACUUCUUUAUAGGGUCGAAGUACUCAAAUUCUUUACAUGCAAAGCAUUUUCAUUCGAAUAUAGUUAUCGAAUAUGAAGCAAAAAAUAGUGAUCAAAGUGCAUAUGCAUUGCGAGAAAUGUAGAACCAAAGCCAAGAAGAUUGCUGCCACGGCAUGUGGUGUAACUUCGGUGGCGCUGGAGGCAGCCAAAGAUCAGAUAGUGGUGAUCGGAGAGGAAGUUGAUUCGGUUAAGCUGGCAAAGUCACUAAGAAAAAAGGUUGGCCAUGCCGUUUUGAUGAGCGUGCAAGAAGAGAAAGAGAAAGAGAAAGAGAAAGAGAAAGAUAAAGAUGAGAAGAAAGGAGCUCUAUAUUGUUAUCCACAGCCAGCUCUACCGUAUGCAGUGGUUUGUGAAUCAAACCCUGACAAUUGCACCGUAUUGUGAGAGCCAAAUCCCCUUCUCUGAGCCUAGCAAGAUUCGUAUAUUUCCUGGACGUUGUCUAGUCUAGGGCUUCUCUGGUGUCACCUGAUUGUACCCUUUAUUUGGUUUUCCCGAGGAGGAAUUCUAGCAAUUGCAUUAAACAAUGUUUUCUAUUUGUGAAAUUAAUAUAUGCAUGCUUUACAAGGAGGA